AUGAGACCAAGAUCAAAUGGGGUUUCUAGGAAUCAGAGGGAGCAUAGCUUUGAGGUUGGAGGACCAAAUUGGAUUCUCAUUCCUGGUGGUGCCUUGUUGAGUACUUUGACAAUCCGCCUUGGCUCCAAGCUGAAGCAGACCCUUGAUUCUAGGAGGGAAACACGUGCUAGAAAUGAGAAAUUGUGUGACAGAAGGAGAUCGCCAGAUUGCCAUAUGCAUCCGAAUAUGUACUCCUAUACACAUGACGAUGAUAUCUGCUUCAAUUCUGCUUCCGGGAAUGAAGGCAUCGAAGAAGUAAAAUAUCCUCCUAAUGAUCACUCGCUGUCUGAAACUGAUGGUGCACUCCCUUUGGUCACAGUCAAUGCACCAGAAUACUCAAGAGAGAAUGGCAUUAUGUGGGUUUCAUCUCUUGAUCGUCUCGAGUUACCGCCAAAGCCAUUUCACCAUUCAAACUGCUCUGACUCGCCAUGUGUCUGA